GCAGGCGCCCCGCGCAGGCGCACUGGCGCCGCGCCCCCCCCGAGUCACCUUGGGGCGCCGCCGGUGCCGGACCCCGCGCCCCCCCCCGCGCCCCCGGCACCAGGGCCCGGCCGUGAUGGCGGCGGUACCGGCGGCCGAGAGGCCCAAGACCUCUCCGAAAUCCGUGAAGUUUCUCUUCGGCGGCCUGGCCGGGAUGGGGGCUACAGUCUUUGUGCAGCCCCUGGACCUGGUGAAGAACCGGAUGCAGCUGAGCGGGGCCGGGGCCAAAGGCCGCGAGUACCGGACGUCCCUGCACGCCCUGGGGUCCAUCCUGCGCCACGAGGGACUGAGGGGCAUCUACACGGGGCUAUCAGCGGGGCUUCUGCGCCAGGCCACCUACACCACCACCCGCCUGGGCAUCUACAGCGUCCUCCUGGAGCGUUUUGGGGGGGCUGAUGGGACCCCCCCUCCGUUCCUGGCCAAGGCAGCCAUGGGCAUGACAGCAGGGGCUGCCGGGGCCUUUGUGGGGACCCCGGCUGAGGUGGCCCUCAUCCGCAUGACAGCUGAUGGCAGGCUACCCCCCGGCGAGCGCCGUGGGUAUCACAAUGUGUUCGACGCCCUCGUGAGGAUGGCGAGGGAGGAGGGGGUGCUCACACUGUGGAGGGGCUGUAUCCCCACCAUGGCCCGUGCCGUGGUGGUCAACGCUGCCCAGCUGGCCUCCUACUCCCAAUCCAAACAAUUCUUGCUUGACUCCGGGCAUUUCCGUGACGACAUCCUGUGCCACUUCUGCGCCAGCAUGAUCAGCGGGCUGGUGACCACGGCCGCCUCCAUGCCCGUCGACAUCGUCAAGACCCGGAUCCAGAACAUGAGGACAAUAGAUGGGAAACCCGAGUACCGCAAUGGGCUGGACGUGCUGCUGAAGGUGGUGCGGUAUGAGGGCUUCUUCAGCCUCUGGAAGGGCUUCACCCCCUACUAUGCCCGCCUGGGCCCCCACACCGUGCUCACCUUCAUCUUUCUCGAGCAGAUGAACAAGUGGUACCAGCGGCUCUUCCUCAGUGCCUGACACCCCCAGGGGGGGUCGGGGGGAUCUGACCCCAUCCCGUGGGCUCUGUAGGGGCACUUGACGCCCCCCCCCCCCCAUUGAAGGGGCUCUGGGGGCAUCUGACCUCUCCCUCAGGUGCUGUGGGGGUGCCUGACCCCCCCCACAUCACCAGGGGCUGGGGGGGGAGGUGGUUCUAGAGGAGUGCCUGACCACCCCCAUCAAGGCUUUGAAGUAGCCCUGGGGCCCUACAGAGGGGUCUUGGGCCCUAUAGGGGUGCAUGACCCACUCCUUGGGGCUAUAGGGAUCCCUGGGGCCCUGUGAAGGGGCCCUGGACCUGAUACAGGGGUGCUGGAUCCCUCCCUUGGGGACAACAGGGGAUGCCUUGUCCCUGCGGGGCAGCCCUCUAGAGACUGUAGGGUGCCCUCCCCCUGUGCUCCCUUCCCACCCCUCUGGGGGUUUUGUUACCAGCCAAUAUCAAGGUCACAGCGUGGGGCAGGAGCCCCCCUAAAUUCCCCCCCCCUCCCUUCCCCCCAGCACCUUCCACCUUGCGCUUUGUUAAUGAAUCAUGGAUCGUGAUAAUGUAAUUAAAGCAGACCCACAGA